AUGUGGAAUACGUGGGUCGAAAAGGCCGCCAAGGCUGCUGCCGCCAUUGAUCAGCAGCUGAACGAAUCAGUGGGUGCCGAGCCUGGGGCAACCAAACCGAUCAUUGCGCCCACAUCUCCCAGUGGAGGGGAACAGGAAGGGACCAGUGUAUGGAACGACGAUGAUUUCGCAUUUGACGACGAUGACGAGGAAGAAGCACCCCCGAACGAAGAACCCAAAGAAUUGGAGACGGAAGCACCCAAUAAGGAAAAUGAAGCGGCCAACCCAGCGGCAGUCGAAGAAGAAAAGCCUGCUAUUAGCAAACCACCUGUAGCCAAUAGUGCCGAGACACCCGAAACAGAAGCACAACCACAACAGCCACCACAAUCGGCAUUCAAUCAUCAACCUACCAGUCCUACUAGUCCCACAUCGGCAACAUCCUCGGGAGGAUUCGGGUUGGGAGGAUUUGCCAAUCUUGUUGGAGGAGGAGGGGGAGAGGCCACAACACCUGCUCCUGCUCCUGCCAAGGCGUCCAAUGAAGUCAAUUUCAUGUCCCCAUUUUCCACCAUUUUGUCAUCCCUGAGCAACGAUCAGGAACAAAUGGAUCAACAAAUGCCGCAAGAGGAACCAGUGCCACCGACUCCCAUUAAAGAGCCAGAGCCCCCGGUGGAAGAGCCUAAGAAGGAAGAGCAACCGAAUAACGACGCCAAACCGAAUAACGACGCCACCAUGGAAAUGCAGGAUCCGUCCGAGGGUGCCUGGAAAGAGGAUGAUAUUGAUUUGGGUGACGACGACGACGAAGAGGAACCACUGGUACCCGAGAAAAAGGCGGAAGAGUCUGAACCAGCCGAUAAGCCGACUUCCCCAGUCCCAGUCAAGGAGGAAAAGAAAGUGGAGGAAACCGUCAAAGAAAUCCCACCAGCUCCACCAGAGGCCGCCCCACAACAGGCCUCUUCUACCGACGCCUCGAAUAGCGCGCCACAGGUCGAUGCACUCAAUAAACGAUUGGAACAAGUCCAAAAUGACUUGGCACAACGAGAAGCACAAUUGGCGGCCAAAGCCGAUCAACUCUUGACACUGCAACAAAUGUACGAAAAAGACAAGGCUGAAUUGGUCAAAAAAGCAGCCGAUACCAAGGAAGAAGCCAAAAAACGACUGGCCAAAGCACGUGAACGGUGCGAAGCGGCCGAAUCCAAAUUGCAGGCGUCGACUUCGGCACUUUCCGAAGAUGCCGCCAAACAGGCCGAGAUUAUUUCCGAACUACGUGAAGAAGGAGAAAAGUUGGCAAAGAAACAAUCGGAAAUGGAACGAAUGGUACGAACGGCACGAGGGGAAGCCCGAACACUCAAAGAAAACUUGGAAGAUGAAACCAAGGCCAAGGACACGGCAUUGGCCAAGAUUGAGACAUUGCAAGCCGAUCUCAAAUCGACUCAAGAGCAACUGGCAUCGGCUCGGAAAGGAGAAACACAGGCUGGGUAUCUAGAGAAUGAAAUGCAAAAAGCAAAGGAGGAUAUUGCCAACAAGGCCAACACAAUCAUGUCUUUGGAGCAGACUGUCAAGCAACUGGUUGCGGGGAACAAGGAACUUGCCAAGGAAGCCGAGGAAUCGCGACAAGGAUUGACACAGGACAACCAGAAAGCAGUCACGGAAUUGCGACGAGAGCACAAUGAAGCCGUCGCGGAUAUGGAAAACAAACUGCAGACUACGGAACGUGAGGCUGCCGUGAGAGAAGAUGCAUUGCGUCACGAAGUGGAAGAACUGCGAAAGCGAUGGCAAGAUGCUGUGAGAAGGGCUGAUGCAUCGAGUAUGGAUGUUCAAUCCAGCACGGCGCCUCUGCUUCGUCAGCUCGAAAGUAUGGAGCGUCAACAGCGAGCUCGUGCGUCAGCUGCUGCAGAGCUGGAAACCAAGCUAAGAGCCGAGCUCGAAGAAACAGUCAUUCGAAAUGAAAAGUUGACAAAGGAGCACACUGAGAUAAAGACAAAGCACAAUCGCCUCGACCGACUGACCAAGGAACAACAGCAUGAUCUUGAGGAACGGCAAAACACCAUCGAUGAGCUCACAACGAAGAUUGCUCGUCUCGAAGAAAAGCUGCAAAGCAUGUUAGCGGAGCACGAGAAACGGAGAGAGGAGUACGAAAGGGUGGAAAAAAUGGCCAACGAGGGCGUCACGAAGGUAAGGAGUGAAAUGAGUCAAGCAGUGCUGGAAAGCGAAGAUCGGUAUCGUUCCCAGAUCGACUCGAUGAAAGAGGAACUCCUUCUUGAGCAGAAGAAACUUCGGGUUGAGACGGAAAAGCGCACUCAACUGGAAGCACAAGUAGAUCAGCUUUUGGAUAGCGCUGCGAUGAUGAUUAUUCCCGAUGCAAACCAUGAGUCGGCGAAGCCAGUCAAGUUGAAGCAGUCAGAAGGCCAGGCGGAUAUUUUGGAAAGCGCACUUCUUGGACUUGGUGGCGACGACACUGACGACAAUUUGUCUGAAGAUGAUGAGGAUGUACCAAAGCCCGAACUACACCAUCAAACCUCCACUGGAAGCAGCUAUGCUGCGUUGGAACAGCUGACACAGAAUCUCAAAUCGACCAAGAAGGAGCUCACUACCUUGCGAAAUCGCCUAGAGGAAUCCGAGAAGACUCGAGAAAGUCUGAUGGUUGAUCUCGGGGAAUGCCGCGGUGCCAAGGAGAAAAUUCCGCUGCUUGAAGCAAAGGUUAAGGAAUUGAUGGCGGACAACAAUGAGAAGGAAUUGGAGAUUCGUGGUCUUCAGGAAGACAUCUUAGAAGUCAAAGAAAUGUAUCGCAGCCAGCUCAAUAUGCUGCUUGAAGAACAAGCAGGUGUGAAGGCGGCUGAAGCUGCCGCAAAGGCGGCGGAAGCUGCCAAGCAAGCUAAAAUGAAUGGAACCAGCAAUCCUCCUGCCGAGGAAGCUCCUGUCCCUGAACUCGUGGAGGAUGCCCUCAUAGGAAUUGCAUGA